UGUUAUCAAAGCAGCGAGAGAGAGAGAGCUCUGGCUAGCAUAGCUUAGCUGUGUGACACAGUAAUGAAACGGCCUUGAGAGUUGGGAAUAAGCUUGUGCUUUAUCAUGUUGUGUCCGGAGUUGUGACUGUGAAGAUUCAUACCUAAGGAAUAUAAUUCUCCUCGACUUUCCUCCGGUGCGAGUGUUGAAACAAGGUGUGAAUGAGUGACGUGGUGCCUCCCACAGCUCUCAGUGAAGUCCAGCUCCGGUUCCUCUGUCACGAUGACAUAGAGAGUGUCAAACUGCUCUGUGGUGAUUGGUUCCCAAUCGAGUACCCAGACUCAUGGUAUCAGGACAUCACCUCCAACAAGAAGUUCUUCUCCCUCGCUGCCACCUUCAGGGGAGGCAUCGUGGGAAUGAUUGUGGCCGAGAUCAAAGGCCGGACCAAAGUACACAAAGAGGAUGGAGACAUCCUGGCCUCCAGUUUUCCUGUGGACACACAGGUAGCCUACAUCCUCAGCCUGGGAGUGGUCAAAGAGUUCAGAAAACAUGGCAUAGGCUCCCUACUGCUGGACAGUCUGAAGGAGCACAUCUCAACGACAGCCCAGGACCACUGUAAGGCCAUUUACCUGCAUGUCCUCACCACUAACAACACUGCCAUCCACUUCUAUGAGAACAGGGACUUCAGACAGCACCACUACCUGCCCUACUACUACUCCAUACGAGGGGUCCUCAAAGAUGGAUUCACCUAUGUGCUCUACAUCAAUGGGGGUCAUCCACCUUGGACAAUAUUUGACUAUAUCCAGCACAUCGGUUCAACCCUGGCCAGCUUGAGCCCUUGCUCCAUCCCACAGAGGCUGUACCGGCAGGCCCAGUCCCUGCUGCGCUCCCUGCUGCCCUGGUCCAACAUCGCCUCCAAGACUGGCAUACAGUACAGCCGAACAAUGUGACACAGCACGGAGCACACGUGUUCCGUUUCUCAUCAGUCUUCCCCCGAGCACACAAAGAUGUACACGCACACCCACAUCCUGUACGGCUCUUCGCACCCUGUAUUCGUCACAGGACUCAGGUUCAACCUGUGUUUGACCGUUCACAUAUCCGAUUAUUAUUAUUAGACACACAUUUGGCACUGUUUCACACAAGAUCCUGGUUUGCAGCUGUAGUUAUGUACCUGCUGUUACACAGGCUUGUAUCGUAACAUCAUCAGAAGUGCAAUGUUGUGUCUACAUCGACGAUUCAGCAAAACAGACACCAUGGGAUUUCUAUUGGUUAUUUAGUAAUUAUACUAUCCCAUAUAUACUACACUAUCCCAUAACUACUAUUAGUUACCUGUGUUAACCCAAUCAUACCAAAGCUGAGCAGCGUCAGACCCACUUUCAACCCAGGCAGCAGAGCUGAGUGGAGGACCAUGUUGACCCAGACACACAGAACGGCAAACACAGGUUGUUAUUAUGGUGUGAAAGGGGUGUAACACUCACACACACCUACACACACACACACACACACACACACACACACACACACACACACACACUCACACACUCUCAUACACACACUGGGAACCCGAUAGAGACUAAAGGUUCAUGCCUAUAUUCCUCCCUUCAUCCUGUCCACCACUGUCACAGAGACUAUGUAUACUGUUUGUAUAUUAUAUAUACUAAACUAAUAUAUGAAUUUCUCUUAAUAUGUAUGUUUAUUCUAUGCUGUUGAUAGACCUAGUUGGAUGAUAAAUCAUCCUUUUUCCCUUUUUGUGUAUCAACUGAAUUCAGACUCUGAGUCAAUUCCAGUUUGUAAAAUAGUCUGAAGGGCAAUUUGCAUUCAAUUGGACUGUGAAGCGUUUAACAAUGAUGAAAGGCUAAUAAUUUAGACAGAAGCUAAUUAUACAGAGGAAACUCUGAGACACAAUGUAGAUUGGUGAUAUUUUCAGUGGCAACUUGAAUUUUAAAACAACAGAUUCUUCCCAUUUGAGAAUGUAUGAAAUUGUCUGAUUUGCAGUGUGCAAUACAUGAAAGUACAGGAAACUAUAGUUGUGACAUCAACGCACAAACAUAUAGACAGCUCUACAGGUGUUCCACAUGUUAUGCAGUUCUAUUUUUAAGUCUUAACUCUACGCAAAAUGGCCUUUCUACAUUGUUUCAAACUGUUGCCCCUGUAUAGUUCAUAAGAGUAAGGGAGUCCUUAUUUUAGAGGUUUUAAAUGGUAACUCGCUGCAGGACUGUCUCUCUGCUCCAUGGCUGUAAAACUGCUGCUAAUGUAGAGAAAUAUCCAUUUGUUUUUGUCCGGAUUUUAAAAUAUGGCCCAGAUUAGAUUUUAAUGACCGCUUAUAGAAGAGAUAAGAAACAGGAAGUAAUGCUCCUAAACACAAACGCAACACACCAUGCGUGUCUGCUUGUAUGCGUGCAGAUGUGUAUGCGUUAACGCAUACAGGGUCCAAAAAUUAGCACCUAGCAAGUGCCAAAAUGUUGGUCAGAUCGGUCUGCAGAAGACAAAACAAGUCAAGUUCAGCCAACAUCUUUGUCAGUGAGUGACACUGUAUUUUCUCUAUUUUAUUGCAUUCUGUUGCACUUCACUGGCAAGGGUGACUCUGUUUGAAAAAUGUACGUUCAUUGUUAAAAGGUGACAUUUUCUGGGUAUACCAGCCCUGGGCAGGUGACUCAGAAGAAAGUUUCUGACAUUGUGUUUGCAAUAAACUUCAUUUGACUGAU